AUGAACAAGUCUGUGAGGAUUCUUUUCCUUCUCAUUACCAUAUUUGCGGCUUCCGCCGUUUCUCUUUCGAGAGCAUCAAAAGAACAAUCCAACUCCGGACAUCGUGGGUUCUCAAGUCGCUUUCUUGCUGGCAUACCCUAUGGGAGCAUAACGAAUUGCAAGAUAAACCCUAGGGUUUGUGUUGUGGAAGGAAGUGCAGGCCCACAUUGCUGUCACAACAAGUGUGUGAAUCUCGAGACAGAUUCGUCAAACUGUGGGAGAUGUGGCAAGAAAUGUGGACACCAGAAGAUAUGUUGCGAGGGAAAGUGUGUGAACCCCAUGAGGAAUGAAAAGCACUGUGGCAAAUGUGGUAACAAGUGUGAUGAAGCCAGUUCCUGUGUGUAUGGGAUGUACAGCUAUGCUUGA